AUGCACAUCACUCAGCUGUUUGUGGUUAUCCUGCUCAUAGGAUUGAAACUCUCUGAGGUAGUAGGUGACUGCUCCUUCAAUAAGUCCCAAAGUCACUGCACCUGCUCUCUUUUGGAUCUGGAAAAUGGGGGAAACCUCUUUCAGUGCUUACCUGCCUUUGUCUUCGAGCUUCGAGGAGGAAACUUGGAGAAAUAUGUAGGUUUUGCAUCAAGCACAGUAAAUCAACAGGUGCUCGACAUUCUGCAGACGCUGCAGGUGACCAAGAUUGUCUUUGGAGAUCUCCUCGUGCCGGAGGUUCUCUUGGCAGCCAUCAUGAAGUUCACUUACUACAUGCGUAUUACAGAUAUCGAGUUUGAAAGCUGCACUUUCCUGGGAAAUGCCAGCUGGUUCCAGAUGGACAGGUUGAUUCUACCUGUCUCCUCAUUACGCUUUCAUAACGUGACCUCUGCCUCCCUGGCUGACAGAGACAAAGACUUCGCCCACCUGAGUAGGUGGCUGGAGACCCUGCAGAAUCUGACUGUGACACAGUCUCAGGUCACCUACAUUCCAUGCAGCAUUGGCAAGGUUUUUAGAACCUUACGCUAUCUGGAUGUGUCGGAAAACCACCUCCAGGACCAGAGCAUGAGGCCUUCGUUUUGCCAGGGGGCUUUCCCACAACUCCAAGUAUUAAAACUCCAUCGCAACAAUCUGAGCUCCUUCUACACCAUGUGUGAAAUGCUGCACCAGCUGGAGAAGCUCGUCCACUUAGACCUGAGUCAGAAUGACCUCCUGGCUAUCCCCUCCUCCUCAUGUCAGUGGCAGCCAUCCCUCCGCAUCCUCAACUUGUCCACCACGGGCUUAGAUCACAUCACCCUGCCUCUGCCCCCCAAUGUUGAAGUAUUAGAUAAACUCCACCUGUCCAACAACAGGCUGCAUGCUGUCCCCUCAGCCAAGAACUAUCCUGCUUUAGAAGUCCUCAGUCUAGAUGGAAACCUGAUCUCGUACCUCCCAAGGGAUGAGCUGCAGUCUCUGAGACACCUGCAGAGCCUAAGGGCAGGUCGGAAUCUCUACAACUGUUCAUGUGCGGGUGCCAGUGAGAUCCAGGCCUUGGCGAGCAUGGAGUCCUUGAUGCCCGACUGGCCUCAGGACUACACAUGUGAGUCCCCAUCUCAUUACCAGGGCACCCUGGUGAAGAAUGUGCCUGCUUCAGUGCUGCAGUGCAACAAGGCCAUUGUGAUAAUUCCUGUCACUGUACUUCUUGUACUGAGCUGCUUGGCUGGGAUCAUUUGCUUUGCCAGACGUAAAGCACGGUCUGGCUAA